CGUAGCUGUUAGUUGGUGGAGUCCAGCUCAUCAAUGGAAUCUCGGUACGGUAGGUGUAGACUUUGUCUAGUCUUACUUACCUAACAAUCAUACACACGGAAAGAAGCAAGACUUCAUUGCAUAUCUACUUCCAAUCACGUCUUCCCUGACCGGAGCUGCUCAACUCAUUGCUGCCAACAGGAUUUGAUUGCAUCACUGGACCUCAGAUCUGCUCAGCAAUUUCCUAUUUGUGCCUGAUCUGCAGAACACCUGCGUACAGGGCUAACUCUCAAAAGAAUGGAAGAAAAUAUCCUGGAGCGAAUACUUGAGGGGAGCAUGAAGCCAACGAAUCUGCCAUUGGAAACUUUACGGAAAAUCACGGAUGAUUUUUCAGAAGAUAGGAUAAUCGGUGAAGGUGGCUUUGGAACUGUCUAUAAGGGUGUCAUUGCGAACGGGAUUGUUGCUGUGAAGAAGAUCAGGAGCAGCAUGACGGUUAAUCAGAAGCUUUUUCGUCGUGAGGUUGACAACCAGAUGGACGUUAACCAUGAAAAUGUAGUGCGGUUUCUUGGCUUAUGUUCUCACACAGUGGAGACACCAAUGAAAAACCCAGAAUCCCACGGAUAUAUUUAUGUUGAGAUAAGAGAAAGGUUGCUCUGUUUUGAAUAUGUCAGUAAUGGAAGCCUUGAUAAAUAUAUUACCGAUGAAUUAAGAGGACUUGAAUGGAAUACGCGUUAUCAGAUUAUAAAAGGAAUAUGCACAGGUUUGCAUUAUUUGCACAUGGAAAAACAUAUUCUUCAUAUGGAUCUCAAGCCUGCCAAUAUACUACUAGAUAAUCGGAUGGUGCCAAAGAUCACAGACUUUGGUCUAUCAAGACCCUUGGAAAACUCAGAAACAAUGACGACAAACCAUUUUUCAUCACCGUAAGCUUCAAAUCAGUGCAACACGUCUAGGAUAUAGCGCUCCUGAAAACCUGUUUGGUCGUGGUACCAUGUCCGUCAAGUCAGACAUGUAUAGUCUGGGUGCUAUAAUAGUCGAACUGGUAACAGGAUGUAAGGACGUCCCUGAUAAUAACAAUAACAUGUGCCCGCGGCUUUAUUCCUUGUUGUGAUGAAGAUUGAUUCCGGUUUGGGAUAUGAAACCGCCAAGGCUAUCAUAUCUAAACUUUCUUAUAACGUUACUAAUCUGAAGGAACUGCCGGUAAAAUUCGAGGAAAUAAAGAAGAUACUGAAAAUGCUAUCCAAUGUUAUAAGGCAAAUAGGCAUGGUGUCCCUCAUGGACGAAGUUGUCAAGAGUUGGAUUGGGGAGGUCCGAAGUGUCGCCUACCAUGUUGAAGAUACGGUGGAUAAAUACUCAUACCAUAUUCUUCAAUAUCAGGAAGAAGGACCCCUGGAGAAAUUCUUCACCAAAAGAACACAUUAUGUCAAAGUUUUCAGUGAAAUUGUGGAUGAUGUAGCUAAGGUAGAGAGGGAGAUUCUGCUAGUUAUAGAGAUGAAGGGACGAUGGCUGCAACCCUCCCAGCUUGUCGCUGACCCACUUAUUGAGAUGGAAAGACAGUGGUUCCAAUACAACUGCCUUGAAGUUGUCAAAUAUGAAGAUCUAGUAGGAAUUGCAGACAACAUGAUAUUCCUGACCGGAUUGUUGUACUCCGAAGAGCAGGAAACCACUGUGAUAACAGUGUCGGGCAUGGGUGGGCUGGGAAAAUCUACCCUUGUUUCAAAUGUUUAUGAACGUGAAAAGAUCAACUUCCAUGCACAUGCAUGGAUUGUUGUGUCACAAAUUUACACUGUUGAUGCUCUGUUGAGGACGCUAAUAUCGAAGAUUGGAUACAUCGAACAACCACUGCCAGUAGGUAUUGAAAAAAUGGACGUGCAUGACUUGAAAAACGAAAUAAAGCAGAGACUGCAAAACAGAAAAUAUUUGAUUGUGCUAGAUGAUGUCUGGUUCCAAGAUGUAUACUUCCAAAUACAUGAUGCUCUCCAGGAUUUCCAAGGAAGUCGCAUCAUCAUUACGACACGAAAGGACCAUGUCGCAGGGAUUUCUUCUCCUGCCAAACACCUUGAGCUCCAGCCACUGAGUCACCCUGAUGCAUUUGACCUUUUCUGCAGAAGGGCUUUUUACCAAACGAAGGGCAACAUGUGCCCCAACGAGCUUGAGACAAUUGCUACUUAUAUAGUUGGCAUGUGUCAUGGCCUGCCACUAGCAAUUGUCACCAUUGCCAGCAUGUUGUCUUCCAAGCUACAACUAGACUUUUGGAAUCAAACGUACAAUCAGAUUGGAAGAGUGUUGUCAAACAAUGAUCAUGUCCGAGCAAUUUUAAAUUUGAGCUUCUAUGACCUUUCAGAAGACCUCAGAUGCUGCUUCAUGUACUGCAGUCUGUUCCCUGAAGACUAUCCCAUGUCCCGUGACGGCCUUGUGUGGCUGUGGGUUUCGGAAGGCCUUGUGGUGAGUAGAAAAAAUCACACACCAGAGAUGAUAGCUGAGGGAAAUCUCAUGGAAUUGAUCCACCGCAAUAUGCUUGAAGUUGUGGAGAAUGAUGAACUUGGCAGGGUCAAGACCUGUAAGAUGCAUGCUAUUGUGCGUGAGCUGGCUAUUUCAGUUGCUGAAGUAGAGAGAUUCGCUUCAGCAAAUGAGUAUGGCACAUUGAUGGAGGUGGAUAAGGAUGUUCGUCACCUGUCAUUAUGUGAAUGGAAAGACGACAGUGUACUGGAGAUUGAACUUCCGCAUCUUCGAACUGUAGUGUCAAUUGGAGGAAUUUCAUCCUCUCCUGGCUUGUUAUCUUCGAUUUUGUCUAGAUCCAGCUACCUUGCUGUUCUCGAGCUUCAAGACUCUGAAGUCAGUGAAGUGCCAACAUUGAUAGGGCAUUUGUUCAAUCUACGGUACUUUGGCUUACGACGCACUAAGGUCAAAUCACUCCCCGAUUCUAUUCAGAAUCUGUCUAAUCUCUACACUCUAGACAUCAAGCAAACAAAAAUAGAGAAGCUACCACGAGGAGUUGUCAAGCUGAAGAAGUUGUGUCACCUUUUAGCUGAUAGAAGUGAUGAGGAGAUGCAGACAGAGUUCCCGUACUUUAUCGGAGUGCCAACACCUGAAAAGCUGUCGAAUUUGGAUGAACUUCAAACCCUCGAGACCGUGAAGUCAAGCAAUGGCUUGGCCGAGCAGCUGAAGAAACUGAUGCAACUAAGAAGCGUGUCGAUUGAAAACAUCAGAGCCGCUGACUGUGCAAAUCUGUUUGCUACCCUGUCAGAUAUGCCACUUCUUUCCAGAUUGAUUCUUUCUGCAAGGGAUGAGAAUGAGGCACUUUGCUUCGAGGAUCUCAAGCCAAGAUCUGCAGAUCUACACAGGUUAAUUAUCAGAGGGCAAUUGGCCAAGGGGACACUAAAUUGCCCGAUAUUUCUCCACCUUGGUACACGCCUCAAGUAUCUAGCUCUAAGCUGGUGCGACCUUGGGGAAAAUCCACUGAAGAUGCUCGCACCAAGCCUGCUUAACCUCGCAUAUCUAGAACUUAGCAACAUGCAUACUGCAAAUACUAUGGUUAUUUCAGAAGAUGAUUUUCCCAACUUGAAGACCCUUGUCUUGAAGCACAUGCCAGAUGUCAAGGGGCUGAGCAUCAUUGAUGGCGCUCUUCCAGGCAUUGAAAGUUUGUACAUUACGUCGCUACCAAAGAUGGAUAUGGUCCCUCGAGGCAUCGAAGCCCUUCACUCCCUGAAGAAGCUCUGGCUGCUUGACUUGCACAAGAAUUUUAUUAGUAAAUGGAUCAGUUACGGAAUGCAACAGAAGAUGUUGCAUGUUCCAGAGGUUCGUAUCUAGAUGCCGCAGGUCGGUUCUGUCCACAGUCGCAUUCCUGUCUGGCACAACUGUGUUGCACGCAUAAUUAUCCCAAUAAGCCUGUGAUUAUUGACAUCUCACUUGUACAUCAUCACCACCAAGGUUGUCAGAAUCGCGAUUCUGUUAUACGAUUCUACGACUUUACGAUCCAAACUAACCCCUAUGAUUCUACGAUUUUAGUUCAUAGAAUCUACGUUUCUACGAUCCUGAUAGUGAAGAUUCUACGAUUUGCGAUCUUACCAUCGGAGCUCCGACCCGAUUUAAAAUCGCGAUUCUGACAACCUUGAUCACCACUACUUGUACUGGAACACAAUUAUAUUCCUCAAGUAAUGUUGCUCAUUGCCUUCCAGAGGAACCUGUAACGUUUGUGUUGUUUCACUUACAUGCUUCUAUACUGAUUUAUAUGUAAGAGAUAUGUGUACAGUUUCUAUCGAACAUCUUUUGUGAAUAAUCAUGUCAAACAUUUUAUCAUUUUAUCUUAUAUC